CGGUAUAAAAGGCACGGCCGCGCGCUCAGGUCCACAAACAGCUCUGAAGCUCCGAACGGACACACGCUCCCCGCGCUUCGAGGAUAGAGCUUUGCUGCAGCGCUUAGAAACAGAAAGUCAACCGAAGAUCGCCUCAUCAACGCGAAACACAAAAUAGAAUGAAGCCUAGAAGACUGCUCUUGUCCGUGGAUCUGUUACCCACGAUCAGCGAGACGCACGAAGAGGUUCCACAGGUGGGACCCAGCACCCAAGCACACCAGUCCCUGGAGGACUACGUUGACUCGAUUAAGGAGCUGGCGCAACCGGCCUCGGUACUCGGCUGCGGUCCGGUCCGGGUCCAGCGGACUCAAAGGCCUCGGCUCUUUGCCAAACACACCCCGGCCGCCGCCACGUCCCGCCGCGCAGUUCGCAUCCGCCGACCCAGAGCUGCUUCAUGCCAGGACGGAAUCACGCUAAAAUGCGACAGCAGGACCGACCCGCUGGACUGGCUGUUCGCGCAGACGCAGCACGACGUCUCGACGACGAGAGAGAGCAACAUCCCGCCGGCAGCGCUGUGUCUCCUGUAACCUCGCAAAGCCGAUCACGUCGGGAGAUAAAUAGCAGAACUCAUCCACUAAUCCCUUCGGGAGGCCCACCUUGGUCUCUGGCUGUGGAGAUCCGAGGCUGAAGCUUUCGGCGGUUACCCGCUCUUUUGUACGUCGGUUCCGUCAGACAGAGGACAGUACAGAUGGGACUGUGUCGGGAGAAGCAAGCCCCCUCGUCACCUGACAGAGUUGGGAUGUGCCUAAUUUAUUAUUUAUUAAAAUGUUUACAUCGUCGAAUUUCCUCUCUUGUGAUUUUGUAAAUUUUGUAAUAAAUCACUGGAUGUUGAA